AUGAUUGCGAUUCAAACACGUUGCGAUGGUAUCUUUAUGGGACAUGCAAUUGUGUCAAAAUUUGAUAUUUCUUGUUAUAUGGCGUUACAAUUGAGCGAAAGUCUUCUUGAAUUAAAACGUUUCGAUGGACCUAAUAUAAUGUCUCGAUACCUCUAUUUAUAUCAUACAAAAAGGUAUGAUUUUGGUGAAACGAUGAAAGUUGUCUAUCAAAAUUUGAAAGAUAAAACUAAAAAUUAUCCUGGACAUUCAUCGGUUUGUCGUGAAGAUUUUCUUUUUGAUCAAUUGAUUAUUGAUGAAACUGUUAAAUUAACUGAUAAAAAACUCGGUGGUUAUACAGCUGGAUGUGGUCCAGUUCAUCGUUCAUUUCCUCUUGCAUUAUGUCCUUGGAUCGAUGAUGAUAAUCUAUUUAAUAUAUCAAAGAACGAAGCAACAUUAACUCAUUUUAAUCCAUUGGCAGGACAAGUUGCUGGCAUUGUUAAUCUUAUUUGUCGAUCAUUAUUAAAGAAUAAUACAUGGCAUGAUGCUGUUCAGUCAGCAUUUUUAACACCUUCACUUCAUACUGAGUUAAGCGAUGUAUGUUAUCGAUAUAGUCGUUGGUCUACUCCAAGUAAAACCACACAUCCAGCUUAUGCUCCAACAGUGCUUCAAGAGGCACUUCAUUAUGUGACUAUUUCAAAUAAUAUAGCUGAAGUCAUUGAAAAAGUUAAGAUUAAUAGAAACGUGUAUUGCUUACCUAUAGUUGGUGUAUUAUCGGGAGCUCUAUGGGGUAUUCCAUUAGAUAUGUAUAAAGACAAGACUAAUGAUGUACAAUUGAAAACAAUUCGUGAUACAGCAAAUAAAUUAAGCCAACAAUGGAUUUCACAAUGUGAGAGUGUAAAUGCUUGA